UGAAUUAAUCAACGAUUUUAUGGACACGUUAUUGCGACAUUUGUGGAACUCUUUCUGUAGUUCAAAUCCACGAAGAGGUUUACCAAUGGCAGGCUCGAUCGAUCUGAAAAUAACAGUAAUCGCAGCUAAUGGAGAAAGCUGGGGCCAGAGGAGCAAGCGGCUACAAAUGAGUACAGAAGCAUUGCAACAAUCUCUACAGCCUGCUACUAAAGAUAAUUACUUCAUGGAUCCUUCCCUGCGGGAAGCUGCAAGUGAAGCCAGUGUUCACAGCUUCAUUGAUGCUGUGGAACGAAUUUCAGCAGAGAAAAAACUGUGUGUGUCAAGCAUCAUCAAUCAACUUGGCCCCUCGGAAAAUUCUUUGCUUCAUAUGGUGACGAGUUCGGGGAAUGAAGAGAUUGCCCAACUCAUUGCAUAUCACUUUCCUUGGCUUAUUUGCAAGAGGAAUAUCAAAGGAGAUACUGCUCUACACAUUGCUGCUAGAGGUGGCAUGCUUAAUACCAUUCAAAUUCUUGUAUCCUGUGGAAAAGAUUUCCCUAGCAAAGAUUCUUCAGACUCAUCUAGUACUGGUGGUCAUGGGUUACAAAGGAUAAAAAAUGUACAUGGAAACACUGCUUUGCAUGAAGCUGUGAUGAAUCGUCACCAUGAUGUAGCUCAGUUCUUGAUCUCUGCAGAUCCACAAGUGUGGUAUUAUCAGAACAAGGAAGGCUGGUCUCCUCUCUAUAUGGCUGUCAAAAUAGGCGACUUUCAGAUUUUUCGAUUGCUUCUGCAAGCUCCAACAGGGCAUAGUGAUUUAGUUAAUAAGCUUGAAGGAAACCCACCAGCUCAUGCUACCAUUAUCGAAGGGAAAAUAGAUAUGCUAGAAGAGAUGGCAAAGGUAAAUCCAGAGCUCAUGCAGUUAAAAGAUGGAAAAAGAAGAAAUGUUCUUCACUGGGCAGCACACAGAGGUAAUAUUGAUGCAGUUAGGUUUCUUUCAAGCCAAUUUCCAAGUAGCAUGUUUGAAAUGGAUAAUAAGGGCUUCCUUUCCAUUCACAUUGCAAGCAAAAAAGGGCACGUUAAGGUAAUAAAGGAGUUGCUUAAGCAAUGGCCAUAUCCAGAAGAGUUGCUCAACAAAGAAGGUCAGAAUAUUCUUCAUGUUGCUGCUAAGAGUGGAAAAAAUAAUGUGGUGAAAUACAUUCUUGAAACUCCUACGCUGGUGAAGCUUUUGAAUGAGAAAGACAUAAAUGGAAACACUCCAUUGCAUUUGGCUGCAAUGCACUCCCAUCCUGCUGUUGUUCUAACUCUAACAUGGGAGAAGAAAACAAACAUAAAUCUGCUCAACAAUGAAAGCUUAACAGCUUUUGAUGUCAGUCCCAGGUUCUCCAAUGGUGGGAUACGAGCCCAAUACAAUUUUACAAAUGGUGCUUUGUGGUCUGUUGGUAUUGGUCGUCGAAAUUUAGAUCUGAUGAUUCACAAACAAAAGAGGCAAACUUCCAAGAGGAGAAAUUCAAUCAAAAUUGAAUGGUUCAAAGAAAGGAUUGGUACCUUUUUACUGCUGCAAACUCUUGUGGCCACAGUGACCUUUGCUGCUGCUUUAACUGUGCCUGGUGGAUAUAAUAGCUCUGAGCACCAAGAAAAAGGAAUGUCAACUAUGUUAAACAAGCAUAUGUUUCGAUUAUUCGUGAUAUGCAACACCACAGCUUUUUAUAGCUCCGUCAUCGGCAUUUUCUCUGUCCUCUAUAUGAUGAUAAGUGAUAUGUUUUUAGUAGCAAUAGUCUAUUUCUUCUCAUUAUUUCUUUUUGCAUUAGCUCUUUGCAUGAUGUCUGUGGCAUUCAUGGCUGCAAUCCAUCUAGGAGUAAGCCAAGUUUCUUGGCUUGGCUCCUAUACUCUCAUCACAGGAAUCAUCUCUGUUGUCGUUAUGUUGCUGAUGUUUGCAGCACAUUCAUAUCCACUUGGACUUAGGCCACGUUUUUUUAGAUAUAUUUCCUACUACUUCACUCGUGCAGUCGUUCCCCUAUUAGGAAAUUAUGCCAAGCUUCCUCUUGACAAGGCUAAAGAAUUUGAGCAUAGAGACGAAAUGCAGCAUGAAGGGUCACAACAAGUAAGAAAAGAUGUACAAGAAGAGUCUCUGCCUCAAACGCAAAACAAGGAAGAAAACUCGCUGCAGUUAAGGUCUUCGAUUGGCAGGACGAAAUUCAAUGUAAUAUAACGUAAUUGUUAUUCUAUCUUUAUGUUUUGUUUCAAAAUAAAAGUACAAAUAGUGCAAUUUGUGGUAAAUUUUACUUUAAUAUUUAGUUUACUUGUGGUAAUAAAAAUAAAAAAGUGAUAAUAACU